GAGAAAUAUAUCGAAUUUUAAGCUGGCGUUCUAUAAAUACACUAUACUGGAUCAACUGGUGUUAAUUGACAAGAAAAAACAGGAGAUUGUUCAAUAUGAGUGAACGAAUUGUAUUUGGCAGUUGUUUUUAAGUUUCACAAUCAAUUUCCCCCCAUUGAAAACAAAUUGGUCAACUACAUAUCGCAAGAGAUAACCUGCUUUCCGAGACUCAAGGCAAAUAUGAAAAAAAUUUAUAAAGUAGGUAUUCAGUAAGAAGUCAUCAAUGUGAUAAGACUAUAUGAAAUGAGGCACAUAGUAUUUGUGAUUUUGUUAGUGUUUUUUGGUAGUGUGGAAAAUGAGAAGAACAGCGAGCUAGAACUCAAAAUCGAUUAUUAUGAGGCUCUUAUCAAAAAAGCUGUGAAAGAUGCAGCGAACUAUAAGCCGAGGAUUGAUAACAGCGAUUUUUUAUCUGAUGUAGAUCGCACCAAAGUUCACGAUUACGGCCAAUUUGACUUCAUAAUUGUCGGUGCUGGUACUACUGGUUGUGUUGUAGCUAAUCGUCUGUCAGAAAAUCCCGACUGGAAGAUUUUGGCUUUAGAAGCCGGUGGCAGUGAGGAUGAUUUAUCCGAAAUUCCAGGAAUACACACUUUAUCCUCAAACAUUCGGAAGAACUGGGGAUAUGUUUCUAUUAAACAAGAGAAGGGAUGUCUCGGCAUGAUAGAUCAACGAUGCCUUGUUACAAGAGGGCUAUCAGAAGGAGGUAGCAGUGCCACUGGGGCUCUGAUAUACAGCAGGGGAGUAGAACAAGAUUACGACAACUGGGCAAGCAAAGGAAACCCAGGAUGGUCUUUCGAGAAAAUUUUACCAUACUUCAAGAAAGUUGAGAAUUACCGAAUCACUAAAAAUAGAAUUAACCAUGGAUCCUCAGGUCCUAUCAACAUCGAAUACUCAGAACCCAAAUCACUUUUUCAUCAAGCAAUUGUGGAUGGAAUGAAAGAAUUGUCUAAUGAAGAUAAAAGCGCUGAAAACAAAACAAACAAUAGUUUACGAAGAAUAGAAUAUAAUAUCUGGCAAGGACGCAGAGUUAGCAGUGCUAACUCGUAUUUGAAAGAAGCCAAAACUCGAACAAAUACGAAUGUAACGAACAAAGCAUUCGUGACAAAAAUCCUUAUAUCCAGCGACAAAAGAGCGUAUGGAGUUGAAUUCGUAAAAAACAGAGAAUUAUAUAGAGCUACUGCAACCAAGGAGGUCAUUUUAUCUGGUGGAGCCAUCAACACUCCGCAGCUGUUGAUGUUGUCCGGCAUUGGCCCAAAACAGAUUCUCAAGAAACACAAGAUCGAAAUCGUUCAUGAUCUUCCUGUUGGACAAACCCUGAAAGAUCAUUUCGGAUAUUUGAGCAUCUACAUUCGAACCAACUCAACGCAAAACACACCACCACUGAGAGAACUCUUGAGACAAUACCUCAAUGGAUAUGGAUAUUUGACCAAAUCCUUGAACUCUGAGUUCCUAGGGUAUUUCUCAAGAAAUACUUCAUCGAUGAACAGACCCAGUAUUGAGUAUAUAUUCGCUCCUCCAACGGGUACCAGAAUUGGUUUGUAUGCAACCAAGAGGUUCACCAAUGAAAUGACUGCGUCUGUCUCCAGGCAAGUGAAUAUAUCCACUGAUAUAUCUGUGUCGGUCACUCUUUUGCAUCCAAAAUCCAAGGGAGAGAUUCGACUAAAAUCCGCGAAUCCCAUAGAUUUUCCUGAGAUAGAUAUAGGUAUGUUCCAGAAUAAAGAAGACAUCGAAGAGAUUUACGAGGGUAUACGAAAUAUACUUAGGCUUUUAGAAACAGAAUCGUUCAGAAAGUUGAACGCAUCAAUCUAUUCGAUUCCCAAGCCUUGUGAAGCAUACGAGUUCAAUUCAAGAUCUUUCUGGUAUUGCAGUAUAAAGCACAUCGCUUUUGCGGCCCAUCAGCUAACUUCUAGUACAAAAAUGGGACCUGCAAGUGAUGCUGAAGCUGUAGUUGAUGACAGUUUGAGAGUUCGUGGAGUGCGGAACUUGAGGAUAGCAGACUGCGGCGUGAUUCCUGUUACUUUGUCGGGACAGUUGAAUGCUGUUGCAUAUGUGAUCGGUGAAAAAGCAGCAGAUUUGAUAAAGCAGCAAUAUUCAAGCAACUAUGUGAAGGAAGAACUUUGAACAAUUAUAUUGUUCCUCAAGCAAACUCAUAAAAAUAUCGAAAGAAUCAUAUGAAGAAAUUUCCAUUCUCCUAGAUGAUCAAUCUAGCUAAGAUAUUUGAUAUAGAUUCUCCCACGGAUCAAAGCUGGGAAUACUUAAAUUGUAUACUUAACAAUAAGUAUUUUUUCUAAUUUCUCCAAUAAAAUUGGAGUAAUGGUGCUUAACUUUUCGAAGCAAACAGUGGGCAUUUCAAUGUGUUAUUUUAUAUCAUAGGAUUAUAGAUACAGGGUGUCCUUGAACAAUAUUUUUUCAGUUUGAUUUAUUUUUAUAGUGAUAUUAAUAGUAAUGUGCAUGUAUUGAUUCCAAACAAAUGCUUGCAACAAUGGAACAAGUCAAAGAAAAAAAUAAAAUCAGAUCUC